GAGAAAACCCACGCAGGACCCGGGAGAACAUGCAAACUCCACACUGGAAUUGAACCCAGUGCACUGUGAAGUUAACGUGCUAACCACCUUAACUCUACUUUUCAAAAUAAAACAGCAAAUUGUGCAAUUACGCCCAGUGAAACAUCCCCAAUUUAACUGAUUGACUUUUGACUUUUCCAUCGGUCGUCACAUCGUAACAAGUGAAUUCUAAAUGGUCGGAUCAAGUGGUGUCCCCCGAAUGGUUUUCAGGAUCGUGCGGGCGGGCGUCUCGCUGUGGAUGUUUUGAUCGAGAGCAUGGUCAGUCUGUCCAAUCAGAAGUGCGAGCGACGGUCCCGCCCUCCCUCCAAGGUGCACUCAAAGAGCGCAUCCCCCAGCGGCUUGUCUCCACACGGUCCGGGCGUCUCCGUCCCUUCCACAUGGUGUUCAGGUCGCCCCUCGACUUCUUCUCCGCCUCCCGCCUGCUCUUCCCCCACCCGGCGGAUGGCCCCUCCGGCGACCCCCCGGUCUCCGGCGCCCCUCUGCCGGGCCUGUGCUUCUCGGCGUCGCAGAUCGCCAGCGUGUGCGAGACGCUGGAGGAGACGGGCGACGUGGAGCGCCUGGCGCGCUUCCUCUGGUCCCUCCCGGUGACCUCGGACGGCCGCGACUCCAUCUCGGAGCACGAGUCGGUGCGGCGCGCCCGCGCCGUGGUGGCCUACCACAGCGGCAGCUUCCGCGAGCUCUACCGCAUCGUGGAGACGCACCGCUUCACGCGGGCUUCGCACGGCAAGCUGCAGGCCAUGUGGCUGGAGGCGCACUACCGCGAGGCGGAGAAGCUGCGCGGCCGGCCGCUGGGCCCCGUGGACAAGUACCGCGUCCGCAAGAAGUUCCCGCUGCCGCGCACCAUCUGGGACGGCGAGCAGAAGACGCACUGCUUCAAGGAGCGCACGCGCGGGCUGCUGCGCGAGUGGUACCUGCAGGACCCCUACCCGAACCCCGGCAAGAAGCGAGAGCUGGCGCACGCCACCGGCCUCACGCCGACCCAGGUGGGGAACUGGUUCAAGAACCGCAGGCAGCGAGACCGAGCCGCGGCCGCCAAAAACAGGUUGCAGCACCACCGGAUGUGUUCUGAGGGCGUCGGUCAUCCCCUGGGCGGAGGGGCGUGCAUGAGUCCGGACGCGAACGCGGACCGAGCUGACGGCCAAACAGUCCUCUCGGUAACGGACAGUGACUCGGACCUGGAGGUGUGAUUCAUUCUUCUUCUUCUUAUUAUUAUUAUUAUGAAUAAUGAUACGAAUAAUAUUGGAAACAAAUCGACUCUGGAUUCAAAGACCCUGUUGUGGUCCCACCCAGCGGGAGGAAGGUGAGAGCAAGCAAUAAAUCUCCCCCGAUCCUCGCCCAUUGACACGUUCCCCUGCGUGUGGCAACCAUAUUCAGAUCUUUUUUUUUUUUUUAAUUAUUCAUAUCUCCCGAGUAUCCACAGCUGUAGACAAUCACUCAAAAGCUUCAUCCCUCGUCUUGAGUCCUGUUUUAUUCAAUGUUGACUUACGAUGUUUUUAUUUACUUGAAAUCAAAUGUUUUGCUAUU